UUUUGCGUUUGGUCUUUGACGUUUGCAUUUUUAAGUUGUUAAUAAAUAGCAGAAUUUAUUUUAAUUUCCAUCUGUAAUGUGUAAAAGCAAACAUUGAGAUUACAAUGAGUCUGGAGCAGGGUGAACAUUUGUUGGCGUUGAAAGUGAUGCGCCUCACUAGGCCUACACUCAUCGGCCCACAAGUGAUUUCCUGCGAAAAUCGUGAUUUGCCACAACAAACCUUUCGUCGCCGCAUGCUGGAGCAUGACAGUACAACUGUUGCGGGGGCGGAAACUUUAGCAGCGGGACAGUUUAUGCUGUUGCCACAGUCGUUCGGUUCCAUAUAUUUGGGUGAAACAUUUGCCAGCUACAUUUGCGUGCACAACUGCACUACUUAUUCGGUUGAAGGUGUUACGGUAAAGGCUGAUUUACAAUCCAAUACUACGCGCAUUAAUCUGCCAAUGAAUGAAAAGCAGACGAGUACCACACUUACGCCAGACCAAACGUUGGACGAUGUGAUACGCUAUGAAGUAAAGGAGAUUGGCACACACAUCUUGGUAUGCGAAGUGAACUAUACCACGCCUGCUGGGUUUCCACAAUCCUUUCGCAAAUUCUUUAAGUUUCAAGUACUUAAGCCACUUGAUGUAAAGACUAAAUUCUAUAAUGCAGAAAUGGAUGAGAUCUAUCUGGAAGCGCAAAUACAAAAUAUAACCACUGGACCUUUUUGCUUGGAGAAAGUCGAGUUGGAUAGCUCUGAACACUACACCGUUACCCCACUAAACACACUAUCCAAUGGCGAGUCGGUGUUCUCAUCAAAAAAUAUGCUGCAACCUAAUAAUAGUUGCCAAUUUCUGUACUGUAUUAAGCCUAAAGCCGAAAUUGCAAAAGAUAUUAAAGCCUUAAGGCAAGCAAAUACCGUUGGCAAAUUGGAUAUUGUAUGGCGUUCGAAUCUUGGCGAAAAGGGCCGCUUGCAGACCAGCCAGCUUCAACGUUUGCCUUUCGAAUACAAAGAUGUGCGACUUGAAGUGAUUGACGCACAAAAUAUUGUCAAAAUAGGUGAACCCUUUACAUUUGUGUGUCGCAUUACAAAUACCGCUGAACGCGUAAUGGAUUUGAUGGUCAAAUUAGAGACACAACUUGAAUUCGAUUGCGAAUACAGCGGUGCAGCUGAAUUUUCGAUUGGUAAAUUAGCACAAGGUGAACAACGUGAAUUUCCGCUCACAGUCUGUCCGGCACGUUUAGGCCUUAUUAAAAUUAGUCCACUCUUGCUGACAAAUGUACUGCAACAGGAACAAUAUAUUAUCGAUAAGGUAGUGGAUGUGUUUGUUGUCGAUACGGAUUAUCACGAGGAUGAAGCAUUCCAAGUAAAUAAAUUUGUACGUUACGAUAAUGCAUUGUCAGCGGAAACGGAGGAGCGCACACUGCAACUGCAAGUGGUGUGAGAAGCUGGAAGGCUAAAAAGGAAAAUACUAUGCAGGCAAAGUCAGCACAAGUUGUAUUGCAUACCAUACACUAAAGGCACCACUUAUGUACAUGAGUGGCUGGAAAUGUCACUAUUCAAAGUAUGGAACAGUUAAUGGCAAUUUUUAAAACUAAAUAUUAAUUAAUAGCGAAUCGUUGUAUUAUUAUAAUGUAAUAAUAACUAUAAAUAAACUUAUUAAAAUG